AUGCUUUUAGAACAAUUUGACGAUUGUGACUGGGUCGGAGGAAACGUUACUGCGUGGGGACUGGACCAUUAUUCUGAACAAAGAGAGAUUGCGACGGCGUCUGUCGAUAAUUCCGAAUUCAGGUCCCUCAAGUUGGAAAAUCUCAAUAAAGAAACUCUCUCCGAUUUCGAAGCCCUCAUGCUGGGGGAGAUCUCGAACGACGGAUGUUCGGAGGAUGAGAUAGAUUCGGCCACCAGCUCCGAAGAUGAAGGCUUCUUCCCGCUUAUGGAAUUGCCCCUGGAGAUUAGGUUGCAGAUUUACCGCUGGGUGCACCUCAUGACUCCCAUCCAGCUGACGCAGUUCGCGCCGUGGUACCCCAACCCGGUUUAUCAUGCUUAUCAUGUCAAAGCCGUAGCGUUGGACACAGAAACAGAUUCGCCACGGCAUAACUUCGGCGUGCCUAAGGACCUCGCUGGAAACCAAAAGCAGAUAGCAGAGCGACCACAGCUACUCUCGCCUUACCGGCCGAAUUGCUGCAUGCCAACCUCGAUACUGAUAGCGAACCGGCAAAUUUACCAUGAGAGUAGGCAUUUGCCGUUCCUAGAGAACGAAUUUGUAUUUGUCAACUGGUUCACGUCGGGGCUGUGGGCAGCGCGGUCGUUUAUGAAGGGGCUGCAGCCGUGGCAACUAACGAUGCGGUACGCUCGUCUAGAGCUUCUAUCGCGUGACCUCAUGGGGCGGUCUUUAGAAGAUUGGAGAGACCUGUGCGGGGCUUGGGCCCCUGGACUAAAGGGGCUGAGACUAAAGAUUCUAAGUGGUGGAGGAGGAGGGGGAACAUCAGCAACAGGAGGGAUGUCGUGGGUCGUAGCUGGCCCACCACAGAAAGGGGCUCCGACUGUAAGGAUACGGGAUUCGGAUGGACGCGCUGCAGGAUGGAUAGAGACUGGCUUGAAGCUUUUAAAAAGACUCCAACGCCUGGAAGUCGAACUCUCCGUCGCUGAUUGGGAUGCCAGAGCAAAGUUGGAGUGGUGCCGAAGUUUAGAGGAAACCGUGAACGAAUCGAAGGCAGACACAGAGCAUCAUGUCCGAGUAUGCUGUGUGGAAAGGAUAGCUCAGGAGGAGAGGAGGUUUGUAUGUCUAUGA